AUGAACAAAAAACGAACUCCCAACGAAGGGAUUCCCGGGAAAUCGAAGGAAGACCGGUUCCCAGAGGACCCCGCGGGGUCCACUGUAACAACCGCAUUCUGCUUAGGGCUGCGAGGCAUCAUGACCCAGCAGGUCAGUGUCAGUGCUCUUGUUGGCGCUGCGGAUAACCACCCUGAAAGUGGCGAGGGGGGAGAAGAUGGGGGAGGUGAUUUGUUCCCAACUCGACUCUUUCAAGAGCCCCAGAUAAAGCAGAACCUGCGAGACGCUAUGACGCCAGAUCAGUGGAGGAAGCUUAUGCGUGCUGCUGUUGCAGACGCUGGCCUGGAUUCUGUUGGACUAGACGAAGAUGACAUAGAUAAGCUCUGGGCAGCGAAGUACAACACCGCUGAGCGUUUGCGGACUGCUAGUCGGGAAGGGCUCGUCAACGCGCGUUUGGCGCCUGGCGUGGUGGAUGCUAUUAUAGCUGCGGCUACGGCUGGCUCUGGCGUUGUUGCUGGUGCAGUGGCUGGCCCCAGCAGUACAGGGCAGCUCGGCAUGCCUGCACAGGGGCACCUGCGCAGGGGCACCUUGGCCAGAGGAACUGGUGGGGAGAGCAGGGAACUGCCCCAGAAAAGGGGGCUGCUGGUGAAGUGUAACCACCCUGUAACAGCAUACAUACUGCCUCCAUCUAUUGGAUAUGCAGGAGCCACUGGUGAUGAUGUGGGCUGGAAGGAGCCCUGCAGGGGUGUCAGCCGACUGUGUUACAAGGAGGAAACCAUUGGGACAGCCUGCCUAAUGAAUCUUCAUUGGCCAGACGGUGGCAAACAUGGUGGUUGCUGGGUCGCCAUCACCUGCCGCCACUGCUUCCUUCCAGAAGCAGGAAAGAGAAUAAGCAUGGAGGGCAUUGUAGCAUUUGGGCGAAGUGUCUCGCAUGUGGCAAGCUUUCCAGGCUAUGACAUCACAUUCCUGGCGCUGGAGGAGCCUGGAGGUGUCAUUGAGUGGGUGCCCUUCUGCUGGGCUGCUGGAAUCGGGCUGUCUUGCUGCCAGCCUGUCAAGCUGGUGAGCUUUCCACAGGUAUUAGACAAGGAGGUUAUCAGCAAGGCCACUUGGGACGCACCCAAUGUGUCCAGUGGCAUGGUGACGUGGAUUUUGGAUGAUUUCGACGAGGCUGUUGCUGAUUACUCUGGUUUGUUGCCAAACUCAAGUGGUGGUGCAGUAGUGGUGGGCCCGACUAUCCUCGCUGGUGUCCACACCGGCAGUAUCUACCGCUUGGAGGAGGACUUGCCAGACCAGCAGCAGCAUGACCAGGCCAGGAUGACCAGGCCAUUGAUACCGGAUAUGGAGCUGGAGGAGUGGACAGCUGAACCUUUGGCAUCUAGCCAAAGGGCUGCUGCUGGGAAGCGGAAGAAGGUGGAGGCAGCAAGCAUGAGCAGUGACCUGGAGCAGAAGAUAUCGUAUUGUAUCAAGAACAUCGAGCACAAGGGGGCCAUGGGCACAUUUGUGCCGUCACAUACACUGCGCCGGCUCUACAAGAGUGUGCUGGAGCUGAAUCCACCCCAUUGA